AUGGAUGUUGGUUCUGACCGAAUAAGAAUAAAAAUCUGUACCUUAGAUUCACAGCAGUUCGUUGUGAAUGCUGCCAGGCAAACGCCAAUCUCAGAAUUAAAAACUCUUAUCCUAAAUCAAACUCAGGUCCCUGUUGAUAAACAAAGAUUAAUUUUUCAAGGCAAAGUUCUGAAAAACCAAGACAACUUGUUCUUACUAAACGUAGAAAAUGACUCAAUUUUCUACUUAGUCGCUAAUCUAAAUCCUUCCAAUCCUGAUGGAGACAGAAAUACUCUUACAGAUUUUUUGCGAGCGGCCUUAGCAAAUAAUCAAGCAGCUUCUUUUAUAACACGUAGACGUCAACAGCGAAGGCGUGAAAUUUCGGCUAACGAGCGUUUGGAAACAAUCAGGCAAAACAUUCAAACUAUUGAAGGCUUGGUUCAAUGUAUGAAUACGACUAUUAAUGAUGGAGAAUUGCAAGGAUUCAACUUUUCUGAAAGAACUCUUGUGCAAGGGCAGUGAGUUGAUGUAAAAGAUACAGUUGAGCAGUGGCUUGAAGCUCAAGUUAUACAAAUUGAGCACCGUCCUGAAGGGCAAAUGGCAUUUAUCCAUUAUAACGGGUGGCCAAAUAGAUGAGAUGAAUGAAUCAGCAUAUCGUCACCUAGAAUUCAACCAUUAAGGACCUACACCUUGCAAUCGUUAAACAGUUCAAUGCAGUCCCCAGUCCUAAUAAGCCCUUCAGACUCUCCAAACUCUCAGGUAUUAGAUUUCAACGAUUUAAUAAUGCCAGCAGUAGGAUUAUUAGACCAGUCUCGGGCAAUGCUCGAAAGGUAUUAUUCAUUAAAUACAAUUUUGCAGCAUGAGCAUGCUGAUGAAAGAGUAAGGCCAAUGAGAGAAAGACUCAACAUGAUGCACGUAGAAGAAGAAAAAGAGUGGUCGCAUGAUUCGCAUGGAUCAGAUUCAGAAGCAACUGCUGGGUCUGGCAUUGAAGAUAAUUUGACCAUGGAGUUGGAAAGAAGCUUUAACGAAAGAAAUAGCGAAUUGACAACGAGCCAAGAAUUAGGAUUAUUAACUAUACAGAUUUCACCUUUACUGGAUAGAAUUGGAAGAGUUAUAACAGACUUAGCAGUAAAUAUUGCUAAUAAUGGAAGAAAUAUUGAUGAUAAUGCAAGUAGAAUUUCGUCAGGGACUGGCAGAAGUGGAAGCACGAACGGGAGACAGAAUUUGCAAAUACCAAUUUUAAAUUACCAAAAUGAUGGGAUACCAAGGAUGAACCCUGAAAUUGAUAUUCAUAUUCAUGCAAUCUUUGCAGAGGGGUUUGGUGAACAGCCUGAGCCAAGACAAUCGAGAUCUAAUUGUAUGGGAAAUAUAUUUUAG